AUGAGAUCGACCUGGACCCUCGCCACUGCCCUGCUCUCGUUGACCGUCAGCCGCGUCUCCGCGUGGGCGGGAUUUUCGGUGACAGAGUUCGCGACGAGCGACUGUAAGGGGUGGGUGAAGCAUGCGAGCAUCGGCAUGAAGCCGCAGUACUGGCAAGUGGCGAUGAACAACGAGUCCAACAGCGUCUCCGUCUCCGUCGUUAACGAUGGUAUAUUCAGAUGGUACGGCUUCUCAGAGGCGGCCGAGUUCGGAUGCGGUGGCAAGGUCGUCGGCCGCCUCUGGAGCGGCUGCGUCAACCUGGACAUCUACGCCGAGCGCAUAGAGUGCAUUCGGUGGUGCAGCAUGUGGCGACAUGACGACCACUCUUGUGAGGCGAUUGGCCAGAGUUGA